UUGUUUUGCUUUAAAAUUUCAACCGAUUUCCAUCCAAAGUUUUCAGAAUUUCUCCAGGAUUUGCUAGGAAUAUUACAAAAAAUAUCGCUCCAAAGCAUAUUCAAUUUACAAUGGCAUCGUUUCUGAAUCGACCGCUAACUUUGGCCGAGUUCAGCAGUUGGCUGCAGUUGAUUUGUGCGGAAAGUGCCGUGAUUUCCCAGACCUCGGAGCAACUGACGGCACGAGCGGAGAAAAUCGCCAAAGUGAACGAACUUUUAGCCCACCGCGCCCAUGAAGCGCGCCAAAACUCCAAGCAGUUGGAGCAAGAUAUUGCCGAGCAGCAAAAGGCCAGUCAAGCCGUUCGUGAGUGCCUCGGCGAGAUGGAGGAUCGAUUGGCCAAGUUGAACGAAGAAGACCGACAGCUGAAGGAGAGACUGGCGGAAAUGGAACAGCCUGCUAUAGCACCCGGAGAUGGUGCUCUGCUAACCGAGGACCAGGUGGUGGCACUGGAGAAAGAGCAGCGGAAGUUUAUAUUCCUGAAGCGGACCAUUUGCCAGAGCAUCGAUAAGAGUAAUGUGGCCUUGCUGCUACCGGCCGUAAUGCAGAGAGAUAAACUGGAGGAAAUGGUGACUGCUGCUGCGAGUAACAUUUCCUCCUGGGACGAAAUUCUUAAAGACUAAGCUUUACGUAAGUAUUCUCUAAAUAAUUUUAUUUUAAUUUAUUAAAUUUUGUAUUAAACGAAUUUAUUUGCCUUGAAACAAUUUUGUGAACAUCCCCGUCCACAAGGAUUCUCAGUGCUUUGGAUCCUUUUUAUUGCCAAGUCGGCUUCGGAUUGUUGUUUGGGCUUUGUUGCCCACAUUUUUUCGGAUGAUUUUCAUAAACACUUUAUGUAGCAAAGUGUAUUUGGAUAAUAAGCUUUUGCGUUCAACUUUUAUUGAGAGACUUGUUUAAUGC